AUGAUGAGCUGGUGGUCUUCCUCGGCCAACACGGCCCUGGACGAGCAGAUUGAAAAGGCCACCAGCAGCAGCUUGGAGGACAUUGCCUUGAACCUCGAGAUUUCCGAUGUCAUCCGCUCUAAGACAGUCGCCCCGAAGGAGGCCAUGCGCUCGCUGAAGCGGCGCAUCGGCAAUAAGAACCCCAAUACGCAGCUUAGCGCCCUCAACCUCACCGAUACGUGCGUCAAGAAUGGCGGCUCGCAUUUCCUCGCCGAAAUCGCCUCGCGCGAGUUCAUGGACAACCUCGUCUCCCUGCUCCAGGCCGUCGGGCCCGUUGCCGUCAACGCCGACGUCAAGGGCAAGAUCCUCGAGCUGAUACAGUCGUGGGCCGGCGCCACGGAGAACCGCCACGACCUCGGCUACAUUGGCGAGGUGUACAAGACGCUGCAGCGUGAGGGCUACCAGUUUCCCCCACGCGUCACGGUCGCGAGCAGCAUGAUCGACAGCAGCGCGCCCCCCGAAUGGGCAGACUCGGACGUCUGCAUGCGCUGCCGCACGCCGUUUACGUUUACCAACCGCAAGCACCACUGCCGCAACUGCGGCAACUGCUUCGACCAGCAGUGCUCGAGCAAGACGGUCCCACUGCCGCAUCUCGGCAUCCACACGCCCGUCCGCGUCGACGACGGCUGCUACGCCAAGCUCACCGGCAAGGGCUACAAGGAGCUAGACCGCACGCCGACGUACCCACACAAGACGCGCAGCACCUCAAUGCAGCCGCGCAGCGCCCGCGUCGACGACGGCUUCGACGAGGACCUCAAGAAGGCGCUGGCCAUGAGCCUCGAGGAGGUCAAGACGGCGCGGGGCCAGGAGCCGGCCACUAACGGCAGCGGCGCCGCUAAGCGCGCCGAGGAAGAGGACGCCGACUUGCGCGCCGCCAUCGAAGCCUCGCUCGCCGACAUGGAGGAGCAGAAGAAGAGGCACGCCGCCGCCCUGAAGCAGCAGACCUCGACCGAUGCCCCACCCACGACCUUUUUGCCCAAGAACGACUACGAGCUGACGCCCGUCGAGGCUGAAAACAUUAAUCUCUUUGCGACGCUGGUGGACCGUUUGCAGACGCAGCCGCCCGGCACCAUACUGCGCGAGCCCCAGAUCCAGGAGCUCUACGACAGCAUCGGCACGCUGCGACCGAAGCUGGCCCGGACGUAUGGCGAGACGAUGAGCAAGCACGACACCCUCCUGGACUUGCACGCCAAGCUGUCGACGGUUGUGCGCUACUAUGACCGGAUGCUGGAGGAGCGCCUGUCCAAGGCUUACAGCCAGCAGAACCUCUACCGCCAGUAUGCACCACAGGCAUCGCAGCCGCCGCCGGUGUCGGGCGAGAACUACUACACGGGCCAGUACCAGCGCCCGUACCAGGGUGACUGGCGGGAGCCCGAGCCGGAGUCGCCCUCGGGCCGCCGGGCGUCGUACGGCAAGUCGCCGUACCCGAACCUGCAGCAGUACCAGCAGGCGAUGCCGCAGACGGUGCCCCAGCCGAUGCCCCAGCAGGCGAUGCCUCAGCAGCCGCAACCUUUGCCUCCAACUCACGCACCAUCACAGCCACAACCUCUGGCCCACACACCGUCCCAGCCGUCGUACCCCCAGCCCUCACAGCCGCCGUCCCAGCCGUCGUAUCCUCAUCCAUCACAGGCACCGCCACAGAUGCAGACCCCGGUACCGCAGCCGGCCCAGAUGCAGAGUCCCCAGACCCAACCACCUCAGCCGGUGCUCUCGCGGGUGCCCUCGCAACCCGGACCGCCGCCGAUGCAAACGCAAGCGCAACCACAGCAACCGCAGUACCAGUACUGGUCCCAGACGACUCAGCCGGGCCAGUCCCCCGGCCCGGGGCAAUGGGCCUACCCGGACCCGCUGCCGUCGGUGCCCCAGAACGACCCCAAGAAGCCCGCGGCGGAGGAGGCGCUCAUUGAGCUGUAG